AUGAGGAGGAGGAGGAUGGUGAGGAGGAGGAGGAGGCUGACUCGCUCCGGGGACAGGGGGGACGUCAGUGCAGGUGUCCUUGGCUUCUGUUCCCCCCCUUCUGACAGCUCGGAGACAGGACCCGACCGUAAGUAGCCUAAGACUGUUGAGAAGGAACGAAAGCUGGCGGGGGGGGAGCAUCAUCUCGUCCGGAUGAGAGACCCCCGCUGGGCGAAGAAGACACGCACGCGUAGGCUUCGUGUUAGCUGAGCCGCGGAAGAGCUCGCUGCCAUCGGCUGGAGCCGAGGCUGCAGCACCGAGCGGCGCAUCCCACAAACGACCGCUGAUGGGAUCGCUCGCGGGGUAUUAGGGCUUCGCGUCGCGCAUUACAGACGAGUAAUCCGCGAUAGCUGCCAGCGCCUGGACAUGCACGCCCGACGCUGAUCGGCGCGCACGGCGGCAUUUGCCGUCGCCAGACAGCAUUCCAGCUCGUCAUCCUGCAGAUGUGGGCUGCGAGGAGAAGAAGAAGAAGAAGAAGACGACGACGACGAAAGGGGGGCCUGGUCGGUGGGCGAAACCUUCAGGGAUUAAGAAAAUCAGCCGACGACGAUGAGCAGCAAAUCAGUGUCGAUGAUCUCCAGACGUGCAGGAUGCUCCUGCAUGAGUCGACUGUACCAUUUCCUCGUGUUAUGGAUGAUGUGCCACGCCAGGUGAGAUUCGGGAUUAAACAGCACCAGGUACAGAUAUUGCUGUGACCCCCCCCCCUGAAGCAAAUGGAACCCGAGCAGGUUUUCUGUCCCGUCAACCUGCUCACCAUGAUGGGACUAACCUGACUCUCGUGUCAGCUCCCUGCUGGAUGUGACCGGACCACGCGUCUGGACGAACCUUGCACAGUAUGGGCACCAAUUUCACCGAUGUCCCCUGGGAGACUGGCUUCUCGGGCUCCGCCCGCGGCGGCCCAGUGUGGUCCUCCACGGCCAGCUGUGCGGUGAAGAUGGUGCUCAUAUCCCUCAUUGUGUGCGUGUCGCUGUUCGGGAACGUGGUGGUUCUGCUGGUGUUCCAGAGGAAGCCGCAGCUGCUUCACGUGGCCAACCGCUUCGUCCUCAACCUCCUCUUGGCCGACCUCCUCCAGACCAUACUGGUCAUGCCCUUUGCCAUGGCGGCCACCGUGCCAGGUGUGUGGCCGCUGGAUGUGCGACUGUGCCAGGCGCUGGUGGUGCUCAUGCACCUCUUCGCGUUCGCUGGGGUCAACACAAUUAUAGUUGUGUCUGUGGAUCGCUACCUGGCCAUCAUCCACCCACUGUCCUACCCCACCCGCAUGACCCCUCACCUGGGCACCAACCUGAUCGUCUGCACCUGGGUGCUCAGCUUCCUGCAGAGCACACCCCCUCUGUACGGCUGGGGGGCCAUUGACUUCGACCGACGCCACAAUAUGUGCUCAGUGGUGUGGUCCUCCAGCCUGUCCUACUCGGCUGUGGUGUCCACCUUUUCCUUCUGGCUGCCGGUGCUCAUUAUGCUCGGAUGUUACUGGAUGGUGUUCAGAGCAGCCCGGAGACAGAACGCUCUCGUGCACCCCAUACAGACACAGUCCUACUCCCAGCCCUCCCCACAGGACUUCCAGGGACCCGGCAGUCCACAGCGGCAGGCCCAAGCCCAGUCUGCAAGUUCGCCUGACGGGCCCUACUCAGCCAGAGGAUACCCCGUUCGAGUUAGGCACAGACGCUUCCACUACCACUGCAAGGCAGCUCGAGUUGUUUUUGUGAUUAUGGCCUCAUAUAUCCUCAGCAUGGGGCCUUACAGCAUACUGAAUACGGUAUCUAUGAGCACCAGAGCCGCUGUACCCACCUGGUUGUCCUCUGUUGCCCUUGUGCUCUUUUUUUUACAGUGCUGCCUCCACCCUUACAUUUAUGGUUACAUGCACCGUAGCGUGAGGAAGGAGUUCCUGGCUUUGCUCUGUGGACUGUUCUGCAAACAGGGCCGUCCCAGCCAGAGCUCUGCUGUAGAGAGCUGCUUCACGACCACAGAGGGACGCUCGGGCCCCCAGCCUCACCUGCCCAGCCUUGCGGCUCGAGUCUUCCCUCUGCGGACUUGGGAAGAAUGCACAACAUCAUCCAGCCCCACUUUUGAGAGGAGGUCGAGGGACAGCCGCAAGGACACCGCCUCUACCAGCAUCAGCUCCGAGAGGGAGCUCACAGUCCACAGCAAACAAAGCACAUAAACCGCCUCGAGAAUUCAUCAGAUAGAUCAUGUAUGCUCUUAUGCGAGGAGUGUGUCAUGCAGUGUGUUCACACAGAAGAACAGACAAAGGAAUAUGCCUUCUUUGCAACAUUAUGAAGUCAAUGGCAUUAUAGGAAUAGUACGAUACUUGAUCACCAUCAUAACAAUAUUUUACUAUUUUCAGCCUGCGCAAACAAUGAACUUGUGGUCAGAUAUGUACUUGGAAAAACUUAAUCAUUCAUAGUUGCAUUUUAAAUUUAUAAUAGUAUGUAGAAGAUAUAUUAAAUUCGUAUUUUUGCGAGGUCAAAUCUUGAUAAACACAGCAACAAACAGGUUAUAUGUUUUGUCUCUUAAAAAAUUACCUUUAAAUGUGCGUAUUUAUUGUACUAGCUGCUGUCACAUUAAAAACAGGCAUUUGAAUCAGCCUCAAUUCAAAAGUUAAACUAGAAAUGACAUUUAACUUUGAGAUCUUUGCCUGCAAGUUUUUUAUAAAUGCCACUGUUUUAAAACAAUGAAUAAAUAAACUUGCUGUGUAGAGAUAGAAAAUGUAUAUGUUGGAUUAGAGUGUGGCUGUUCUAAGCACUUUGCUUUAAUUGUGAGUCAUAGAUUACUCUGAUAUCGAUCUGCAGUAUCUGCGCACCAUGUCUCCUUUAAACUUUUUUGUGAGUUGCAAUUAUUUUCUGAUCCUGCCAGAGUCAGAGGAUGUCCUGUCCUUGUGUUAGUGCAAACAAGCGCCGCCUGCAAAUAAUGAACUCAGGAUGUUUUUGGGAAAAAAAAAAAAAAAUGUAUUGCCCAUCUCUGUUCUUGAAUCUUUUUGAGCACCUGAACAUAUGUGAGUUGAAGUCCUUGCCGCAGUAACUCUCCUCUUAGUCUCAAAGCGCCUUUUGAGUAAAUGUGUAGAAUAGUGAUUCAUUGUGCCUGUAAAGUAACAAAACACACGCGGGUUGGUGAGCUCAAACAAGUUUGACGUUGUCUCUUUGUGUCCCAGUUCAAAAGAGUUGGAGAAUUUGCAACUUGGAUGUGUCGCUGUGUAUUUGGACGCAGUAUUUUCAGCCGUUCUGUGAGAAAGUACAGUAUUUUUGUUGAAACAGUACAGUGUGUAGAGAACAGGGUAUACUAAAAAAAGAUUAUAUAAACCAGAGGAACACAUAACAGAUUUCUUAUAUUGCUCUGAACACAUGUACAUUUGUAAAGAUACCUCCUGAUUCAGUAUUUGUAAUGGAAACACCUGGCUGCUUGAAGCCACAGAAACGAUGAGUACCUAUGUGACAUGUACCUGCCGGGACAAAUCUCAUUGGGAGGCAAUUCAUCCGAGGUUGAUGUUGGGAGAUGGUGUGCUGCUAAAGGAUGUCAUAGUUGCAUGACAACAUUUUGUGCAUUAUUUGAAAAGUGUGUCUGGUCCUUUUGGUCAAGUUUUUAUAACUUUUAGAGAAACGGAAGAAAAAAAAUCUAUUUUAUUGUUAUUAUUAAUAUUUUCAUUUGACUGAUUGUUUUUUGGGGGGGAAACAUUUCACAGCUUGCUGUACUUUACCACAGUAUUAUAGCUGACAAUCAAGCUUGUAUAAUGUGUUUGACAGUGUUUCUCUGUACAGGACAAAGGGGUGAGGUACAAUGUGUAAAACAAUUGAUCAUCAAAUAAGUGAAAACUAUGUUUUUAAGUGCUUUAAAACAACAUAUUUUUGUGAUUUUUUUAUCGUGCCUUUGUAUUUCUUUUCUGGUUUAAUCACUCAACAUUAAAUGUUAUUUAAUAAAAGUGAAUUAUAUGUAAAAGUGUUA